AUGACUUUGAAAAAGUCGGGCGGGACCUUCAUCAUUGUCGCCAUCAACGCAAACGGACCCGCUUGGUCGUCCGGCUUGGACGCAGGGAUGCAUCUCCUCGCCAUCAACGGUCAGAUGUUGCGCGGAAAAAGUCUGGAGGACGUCUCCUCCAUGCUGAAAGGCCCGUCAGGGACACCUGUGACACUCAUGCUUCGCAAGCCCGGGCAGCCGGGAUUUACGCAGGAAUUACGCCUUCAAAAGGUUCCGCCGCAAACGGUCUACAUGCAAACAACGCACCAGAUCGCCGAGUUCAGUAUCACCGCAUUUUCCUCAGACACUGCUGAGGAGUUAAGCCAGUACCUCGAUCAGGCCCUCACGGAAGAUAAGGUUAAGGCAAUCAUCCUUGAUUUAAGGGGAGAUCGCGGCGGCGUUUUGCAGCAAGCCGUCACUGCCGUUGCACUCCUCCUCGACAGUGGUGUGGCCGUGACGACGGAAGGCAGAAACACGCAUGCCAACCAUAUCUGGACAGUCCAGGGUGGCGACAUGACAAAAAACCUUCCGAUCGCCAUUCUUGUUGACGGUCGCACCGCCAGCGCCGCAGAGAUCCUUGCCGCGGCGCUGGCCGAUCAUCGGCGCGCAGUGGUGAUUGGCAGUGCCACACUGGGCAAAGGCUUGGUGCAAGCCGUCGGACAGAUGCCCAAUCAAGAUGGGAAGCCCUUCGUCCGGCUCGUCCGGCGAGCACGUAAAGCGUCGAUCGAUCCGAAGAGCCUUGAAUGA